AUGUUGCACUUCACUAGCAAAACCUCCUGCCGCCUCCUGCCGCGUCUCUCAGGCGCGCGCUCCUUCGCCCUGCGCCCGCACACGGACGACUCGACGCUGUCGGCGUUCUCGCUCAAGCUGUCGGCCGACCAGCGCGAGUUCCAGCAGCUCGCGCGCAAGUUCGCACGGGACGAGAUGAUCCCCCACGAGCGCCACUACGACCAGAGCAUGGAGUACCCGCACGCGGUCUUCACCAAGGCGUGGGAGCUCGGCCUCGUGAACACGCACGUGCCGGAGAAGUUCGGCGGCCUCGGCCUGGGCUCGCUCGACGGCUGCAUCAUCGGCGAAGAGCUCGCGUACGGCUGUACGGGGAUGGCUACCGCCAUGGAAGCCAACGGUCUGGCCACGGCGCCGCUAUUGGUCGCCGCGUCGGACGCGCAGAACAAAAAGUACCUCGGGCAGCUCGUCGACGAGCCGGUGCAAGCCGCGUACUGCGUCACGGAGCCAGGCGCGGGGUCCGACGUGGCUGGCGCCAAGACGACAGCGACGAAACACGGCGACAAGUGGGUCUUGAAUGGCUCGAAGAUGUGGAUCACGAACGGCGGCGUGGCCAAGUGGUUCUUUGUAUUGGCCAAGACGGACCCGAACGCGAACGCGGGCAAGGCGUUCACUGGCUUCAUCGUGGAUGCCGAUAGUCCUGGGAUCAGCAUCGGGCGGAAGGAGAUUAACAUUGGACAGCGGUGCUCGGACACGCGCGGCAUUACGUUUGAAGACGUGGCCGUGCCGGAAGCCAACGUCCUGGGCGCGCCUGGCUACGGGUUCAAGAUUGCCAUGCAGGCGUUUGAUAUCACGCGGCCGCCGGUCGCGAUUGGCGCCGUGGGCCUGGCCCGUCGCGCGUUUGAUGAGGCGCGUAAGUACGCGAUGGAGCGCAAGACGAUGGGCGUGCCCAUUGCCCAGCACCAGGCGAUCCAGUUUAUGCUGGCGGACAUGGCUACAGGCAUUGAAGCGGGUCGUCAAUUGACGUACAAAGCUGCGUAUGAGAUUGACUGCGGCCGGAAGAAUACCAUGUUUGCGUCGAUGGCCAAGCGCUUUGCUGGCGAUCAUGCAAACAAGGUGGCGACGGACGCGAUUCAGAUUUUCGGCGGCGCGGGGUUUAAUACCGAGUACCCGGUCGAGAAACUCUUUCGGGAUGCCAAGAUUUACCAGAUUUACGAAGGCACGUCGCAGAUCCAGCGCAUGAUUAUCGCCAAAGAGAUGUUUGCGCGCGAGUCGAUGGAUCCGUAA